CGGAGGCGGCGGCGGCGGCUGGGUCGGGCCCCGACGGGCGGCGGCGGCUGAGGUGGAGGCGGAGGGAGGCGGCGGCGGCGGCGGCGGCGGAGGGGGGAAGAUGGCGGCGCCCGUCCUGCUGAGAGUGUCGGUGCCUCGGUGGGAGCGGGUGGCCCGGUAUGCAGUGUGCGCCGCCGGGAUCCUGCUCUCCAUCUACGCCUACCACGUGGAGCGGGAGAAGGAGCGGGACCCCGAGCACCGGGCCCUCUGCGACCUGGGGCCCUGGGUGAAGUGCUCCGCCGCCCUUGCCUCCAGAUGGGGUCGAGGAUUUGGUCUUUUGGGUUCCAUUUUUGGAAAGGAUGGUGUAUUAAACCAGCCAAACAGUGUCUUUGGACUUAUAUUUUAUAUACUACAGUUAUUACUUGGCCUGACGGCGAGUGCAGUUGCAGCGUUAAUCCUCAUGACGUCUUCCAUCGUGUCUGUGGUGGGGUCUCUGUACCUGGCCUACAUCCUGUACUUUGUGCUGAAGGAGUUUUGCAUCAUCUGCGUCAUCACAUAUGUGCUGAACUUCAUUCUUCUAAUCAUCAACUACAAACGACUGGUUUACUUGAAUGAGGCCUGGAAACGGCAGCUGCAGCCCAAGCAGGACUGACAGCCUGACAAAACUCUAAACUGACAGUCUCAAGUCCCUUUUUUCAUUAAGUUUAUUUUGCAGCAAUUUUUUUUAUUCUUCACAACAGACACUUUCCCUAAGAAUCUUAAACCGAUUUUUUAAAAUCCUGUAAAUUAGAAGGGGCCCUAGCUGUUUUCUGUGUCAAUCUUCAUUUUAAAUAUGGAUACAAAAAAAGGAUACGCCGAGCCAAUCAAAGACAAGCUUUAACUUUACUUUGAAGAUCUUUCCGAAAUGAAAACAUGUAGCCCUAGCCCCCACUCCCCAAUUGUAAAGUGAGCAACCAUUGCUAGUAAUUCUUUAAUGUGUAUAAAUUCAAUUUCAGGUAUAACAAAUGUGAUCAUGACAUGAAAAUAUUUUAGAAUAGAUACUGUAUUAAAUAUUGCCAUGUUUACAAUAUGUAAUAUGUUUUUAGCAGAUGGAUUUAAACAUGUAGAUUCAACUAGAAUCCAUUUAUGUGAUAUUUGUAAAUAAAGGUAGAAAUAUUGGAUCCAUCCCUGCAGAACUUGCUGUACAGUUUAGUUGAAGUGUAGCAAUGAAGAACUGUCAGCUCGAUGUUGACUGAUGAAAUAGUGAAAAUAGUCAUCUCUUGUGAAAAGCACAGCCAGCCAUGGGUGUAGCAUCGACAGCAAACAUACUGGGGUGGUUGGUUCCCUUCCAUAUCCCUCCUCUGAAUGGAAGAAACUAAAUUGGAAUGUUCAAGGCAAGUUUGUGUCUAGUCAUAAAACUGGAUCAAUUAUAACCUUAUAGAAUGAGUCAUGUGACCAGACCUUCAAGUCCAAGACCUUCAGGACACUAAUGAUAGGAAAAUGGGUAUUUUUCUUUGGAGAAAAGCUGGAAAUAUUAAUAUGGCAUUUUUAGAUAAAAUCUCUUACACCAGUUGAGUUUUCGCACAGAUAUUUUUCCUUAAAUAUUGGUGCCAGUCAACCAAACAGUAUUACGACUUUGAAAUAACCAGUAUGAGCCCAAUCGCUCCAGAGUAGGAUUGCUCUUUGGUAGCUUCCAUAGCAUUUUCCCUAAUUGUUUCUUUCUGCACUAACUAAUCUGAUGUUCUAGUUUAAUUGUUUUAGAGUCAAAUAUUGGAUUUGUAAACUUUAGGGCUGACACACUGCUCAGUUUGCUUAAUCAGUAGAAAUAUCUAAAGGUAAAAUACAGUAAUGUCAUCACUGUUCUUUCUACUAACUAUGUGAAUGCAUAAGAAGAAUUUUUAAAGGUGAUUUGAAUAAACCCAAAUGAAAUUGUGACAGUAUGUUUCUAUGGUUAACAUCUUAUACCAGAAUGUUAAAAGUGCCUUCUGUCUUAAAUCUCUAACCAAAUAUUUUGUGUGUUGAACUUGGGCAGAAGUGUCCUUCCUUCCUUUCUUACCGUGAAGUAGAAAACUUGCAUUUACGGAAAGGUUCCGCAUGAUCAUUUUAUUCCUGUGAUUGAGAAGUAGUAGCAAUGUUUUGCUUCCAGUACGAUUAAUCAUUAGUUAAAAAUAGUCAAUUAGACUGGUAACUUUUGAGUGCUUUAUUUGCCUUCUUUUUGAGAGAGGGGACAGGCUCUACCCUGUAAACUGGGUAGAGUAAGCAACUGUUCAUUAGUUUCCAACUAACUGUCAUAAUUGACACAAUGUAAGUCUUCUGGCCCAAGGCAGGUACAAAAUCUGAAUUGUAAUAAACUUUUAACCAAUUUCUUAAAAGAUAGCUUAAUUCAGAUUUCAUCAAGGCUUAUGUUUUCCCAUGAAUGUGAAUAUUUCAAUGCCUGUUUUAUUAUGUACGUAUUGUUCUUGUAUUUUGAAGUAGUUAAAAGAACUCUAGAAAGUGUUGAUUGGAUGUCUGGUGUUCACAGAGAAGUGAGUCCCCGUGUUUGAGAGCUGUACAGUGAGGCCAUGUUGUAGCAGUGCGUCCAGUUCCACCAAGGCACUUCACUGGUUCUCUUUUCUAAGCUAGCGUGGAAAUGGCUUAAGGGUUAAGACUUCUGUGGUAUACAUAACACUGGUUGUGUUAAAUUCAGUUCCUUGUGUCCCAAUUUGUAAUGGUUUUUCAUCAUAUUUUGUAUCAAUCAGCAGAGUAUAGUUAAAGCUUGUCUUGACAUUGCAUUCUUGCAAAUGUCUUCAACUCUUACAUGAGAAAACAAGUAAAAAUGUUCAGCCGGACCCUUCGUUUUUUCUUUGCUUUCCUAAGCCUUGGGGAAACCACUGUUUCAGUUGUAUAAAAAUUUUUGCCACGUUACCUAUGACCCAGUAGAAUUAAUACCCUUUUCUCACUGAGAGACGAACUCAUGCUGCCUGAAGGAACAGCAUUGUAAUGCCCAUGUCUCGGUAAGCAAUAGAACCCUGUGGGGUGUUUUUUGGUAUUUUUUGCCGUACAGAAUUUAGGCUCCCCUCUAUACCUUCUAUUCACCCAGAAGAGCAGGAAACACCAUGUUAUAAAAUUUGAAAAUUGUUUUGACUAUUUUAGACUGAAUAUUUAAACACUGUAGCAUUACUAAGCCACCACUGUUAAAGGACAAAUUAGGGAGGGAAGUUGGUUUUAGCAGUAAUUCCAUGCUUCAUGCUUUUUAAGUGAUUCAUAACAAAUGAAGCCUCAUUUACUUGAUAGUCAUAAGUACCAUUUGAAAAAAUAGAAGUUGUGCUUAGAUGACAAAUUCUAGAGAAUCUAGAUGGUUUGGAGGCUUUCAUUUGGUUUUUCAUUACAGCUGGUUGCUGUCAGUAAGGGUAAACUGGUAAAAUAACUCAGGUUUAACUAGCUGUGUCCCAUUAAUUACUUUUACUUGAUGUAUGUAUCCUCUCCUUAAACUCAUUACUUUUAAAGAAUGCUGAAAACUGACUAUUUUCAUACAGAGAUUUGUCAUUUGGUACAAGGGAUCUUUGGAUCUCCUAGGUAGACAGAAGACCAAUACUACAGUGAAAUUAAAACUAUUUGUUGGCUUUUGUGUGUUUUUCACUUAUUUUUUUAAAAGACCAUCUUCAGAGAGAAGAGAUGAUAGUUAAAAAAAAAAAAAAAAAAGAUACUCUGCAAAAGUGCAGUUGUCUUGAGCAGUUAGCUCCAUAACUUAGAUCGGUGCCACCGAGUGACACCAGUGAAUGCUGACCGAUGUGUCUCCUCUGAAAAUCAGUGUUAGACAAAGGCCAACAAAGAAACCCUCCAUCAUUUUUGGUAACCUAUUUGGGGAGAUAAACCUAAUACUGCCAGCUUUGCCCUCAUGUAUUUUCCUCCAACUCGUAAGCAUUGGUGAAACAGUUCAGAUGUUUUAGGCAGCACUUACGGUUCCUAAUUUGUGAGAACUUCCCUUCAGUAAAACAAACGGAGUGGGGGUGGGAAUCCAGGCUACUUGGUUAAACAUUUUUUUCUACAAAUUAGCCCAGAAAAGGUGAAAUGUUCUGUUAUGAAACUGUAUUAAGCAUGGCGUAAGUAUUAGGUAUCUGAUUUGUAUAGUAUGUUCCAUCAAAAAUAUUUAUUACUAGCACUUUAAGCUCCAGAGUAUACAUUCAUUUAAAAUGGGAGUUCACUGGGCAGAUUUCCCCUUUAAUAUAGAUAGGAAUAUUCUUUAUCAGAGAUUCAGGACACCAUUUUGCUAACUGGUAAAUAAAAACAAAUGUAAAUAUGUAAGAAUGUUUAUUUGUUGCACAUAACUUUUUUGGUAUAAAAUAAAUGUAGAAGUUACCUGUG